AUGGCAAAACAAUAUCUUGACCUCCAAAUCGCUCCCGCCGACAUCGCUUUCGGUUUGAUGGCUGACUUUGAUGACAGUCCUCACCCAAAGAAAGUCUCUCUGAUCGCCGGAGCAUAUCGCGAUAAGAAUGGACGCCCCUGGGUUUUACCGAGUGUAAAGGAGGCUAAGAAACGCCUCAGCCAAACCACGCAUGAAUACCUCGGAAUAGCAGGCUCGCCAAACUUCAUCAACCUGUCAAAGGACCUCAUAUUUGGCCCCCUGGCAUCGAGCCUCCAAGAUAACACGGCAUCGAUUCAAACCGUUUCUGGCACAGGCGCGAACCACAUCGCCGCCACGUUUCUAGCCCGGCGCCUGCGCCCAAGCCGCGUCUUCAUCCCCUCCCCUACGUGGAUCAACCACAAGACAAUCUGGGAAAUGGCCGGGGUACCGGUGGCAGAAUACCCAUACUACUCUCCUGCCACGAAAGGAGUAGAUCUGCUAGGGAUGCUUAACACCCUGGACCACGCGGAGCCCAACGACAUCGUCAUCCUACAAGCCUGCGCACACAACCCCACCGGGGUAGACCUGGAAACGUCCCAGUGGGUGCAGGUCGCCGACCUCGUGCGACGAAAGAAGCUAUUCGUUGUCUUCGACAGUGCAUACCAAGGUUUCGCCACUGGCGACGUCGACGGUGACGCGUGGGCGGUCCGUCAUUUCGUGGAGAAUGUGCUCGCGCACUCCACACACCCUGGUCUAUUUGUAGCGCAAUCCUUCUCCAAGAACUUCGGACUGUACGGGGAACGUGUCGGCGCGUUGCACUUAGUUGUGCCGCGGGGCCUUUCGACGCAAGGCGCGCGUUCUGAGUUAAUGGCUAUUGCGCGUGCGGAGUAUUCCAAUCCACCGCGGUUCGGGGCGAGUAUCGUCGAGACGGUGCUUGGGGAUGAGCAACUACGGGCUCAGUGGAAGAUAGACCUGGAUACGAUGAGCUCGCGUAUCCACCAUAUGAGGUCUCUGCUACGGCGAAGACUGGAGGAGGAGACGGGACUGGAUUGGUCCCAUGUUGAGAAGCAGAUUGGGAUGUUUAGCUAUACAGGAUUAACGAAAGAGCAAGUGUCUCAGCUCCAGGAAGACCACCAGAUCUAUCUGUUGCCGUCGGGUCGAAUGAGCGUGUGUGGGCUGAAUGAGCAAAACAUCGAUUACGUCGCGCAUGCUAUUGGGGAGGUUGUGAAGAAGUCCGGCAUGACUGACAGUGGGUAUGCAUUAGAGAUAUAG